AUGCCACAGGCCGUCUGCACACUCCCUCUGCUUUUGGCACUCACGGGAUACGCUUUGGCAGGGCUCAGUAUCUGGCCCUCUCUUCACAUUGCCCUCAGCAACGCCAGCGUAUUUGUGGACUUUUUACUGAAUUCCAGCAACAGCACUCUUGUUCAAAGGACCCUGUCCUUAGUCAAUACAGAGACCAACACCACCUUAACCACUCGGAAGAUCCCAAACGUCCCAUCUACUUUUAGGGUGGAGUUCAACUGCUCCUGCUUCCUCUAUGCCGGGACCUUCCGCUUCUUGCUGAGGCAAACAAGUAUAGCCCCUGAAGCUUCUCACAGCAAUAAUGGGACAAGCAACAAUGAUGUGGAGAGGACGACCUUGUGGUGGAGUUCAGAACUGCAAGUGCAAUGGCCCACUUUUCAUGUGGCUGUGGAAAGGGCUGGAAACCACUCUGGGUCUUUUCAGGUUGGGAUUGCGACUAAUGACCAGUUCACAGCCUGCAACAGUGGCUUAGACUCUGCUCUCUUCCUGGAGGUUAGUUUCAUGGAGUACAACCAAAUCGGCCGAAACAGCAUCGACAAAGUCCGGACACGCUCCCGCUAUCCAGUCAAACUGCUCCGCUCCCAAAGCUUCGAGCUGCCAUGCGCUUUCCCAUUCACUGAAAAAGACUUCAUACGAGUGGACCUGAAGUCGCCUCAUACAACUCAAGAUGUGAAAAGUUCUGGACCACUCUAUUUGUCCAGAAUAUUCUCUUACAAGCUUCUGGUUGAGAAUGGCAGCACUUAUAGAGGGGCAUGUGAAGGAACAAUGUCUGUCAAGCUGCAGACUCCACCUUGUGCCCACGUUAAUGGAAAAGUUUUGCUCUACAAAGACACAGGGGUCGGUCAAAGUGUAUCCACCACUGGAACAGGAAGCACUGCAUUGUUGGGAUUUGGGUCAGAGGAACCAGGAUCACCUCCUCUGGCGUUCAACUGGCUCACUCAAGGACAGAAUGAAACCGAGUUCAACUGCUCUGUAUUUUACCCGGGGAGGAACAAAUACUGCUUUCGGUUUGUCUUCAACUACAGCCGAUCACCCAGUCCAGCGCACACAUGUGUGGUGGUCCACAAGAGUGCAGAGUCGUGGGGCCCAUGGCAGCCUUGGAGCUUGUGCAGUGUGUCCUGUGGUGAAGGGGUGAGGGAGAGGAUCCGUGACUGUUUAAUGCCCUCUGGUGGAGGCGGCCGGAAGUGCACAGGCAUGGUCAAAGAACAGUCUCUCUGCUCCCUGGAAAACUGCGUUGCGUCACCAGCCUCCACUCCAUCCCCACCUCCUGUCCCCAUGGGAACCACAUCCCUGGGCAAUAACAUUGUGGCUGUGGCUGGCAUCUCUCUGUGCCUGGCUGUGAUUUUGGCCACUGUUAUUGUUGCCGUGUGGAGAAAGCUUUGUCAGACCAGUAUGACCUGCAGCUCUGUUCGCAGAGGCUCUCUCCAUUCUCCAGGGGGAAGGAAGUUGUCAGAUGAGGCUUCCAUUUGUGCGAACAGCCUGCAGCGGCCCAGUGUCAUCGAUGGCCAUGUUAAAACAGCCGGGGUCACCGCCUCCCAAAAAGACAUGCCUCCCAUCACUCCUCCACCCCCAACGCAGACACUGGCAAUACCUAUUGCCCAAGACCCAGAGAGACUGUCCCCUAGUGGUCAGAAGAUGCUGCCGCCAAUAUUUGGGUACCGACUGGCUCAGCAGCAGUUGAAAGAAAUGAAGAAGAUCGGUUUGAAGGAGGCCACGCAGCUCUACCACGUUUCCUCCAGUCCCGUCCACGACACUCUGCUGGAAUCAUCCGCCUCUCCCACCUGCUCCCCCAUCCCCUCCCCUACAACAUUCCCCCUGGGCCCUCCCAAAGACACAAACUCAAGCCUUUUCCGAAUCGCAGCGCCUUUCUCUGACAUGUCACUUCAGACUUUGACGACUGCGCCUGACAGACUGAGUCCUCGAGGAGAUGAAAUUAUCGGACCCGUUUCUGGUCGUUCAAAGGGUGCGAGUGCUGGUUGGAGGGAGCGGACAGCAGACUGGGUGGAGAUGGUGGAGCGGAGUGGAUUGGCAGGAUUAGGACAAGGAAGUGCUGAAGGGAAUGAAAUCAACUAUAACAGGAAUCCAUAUUUCCGUAGAACUUGUAGUUUUAAUGACACUAAACCUCAGCUUCCAUCGGCUGCACUUGUGAGCCAGUUCAGAGAGAGAAGCAUGACACAGGUGGGAUCUCGCACUCUUCCUGAGGGGAGUAGUUGGAAUAGAAGUGGCAAGUUUUCCCCUUCUUAUCCUUUUACAGAAGAAAGUGCCUCAGAAUGGGCCAAAGCAAGACUCCAGCGAAAAGACUUGAAGAAGGCUUGGACUGGCACACAAAACAACGUGGUGAAACAUACUGGCACCAACACGGACAGUCUAAUAUCAACAUCAGAAAGACUCAUCAAGCCUGAGCUCAAAACCUCCAUCAAAGAAGGCGUCUAUAGAACACAGGGGAUCUCUGGGAUUGGGGGUCCGGUUGUGACACAGGACCCUCCCACUGCGAUGAACCAUCUCAGUUUGAAUCGAGCAGAGAUGAACUGGAGUCGGCGUGGUCCUUCUCCCAUUCAAAGAAACAUGUUGGCCCGCAAACUGAAGGAAGCUCAGUCAUCGUCUUGUGCCAAAGCAGGACGCCAACGCAGCUCGACGUUCAGCGUGUCGUCAGCGCACCAGAGGAAUAACAGGUGUAGAUCUCUGCCCAUGUCUGGAGACUUCAGCAGCAGCAGCGGGGGAUCACCGUACAGACUGAGUGAAGCUGAGCAGAGGAUGAUGGACUUGGAUCUGUCUUCCCCGUGUGAAGAGGCGGCCGAGUAA